CUGCCCCUUGCGAGAGAGCCACGGGGCCGGAGACGCGCUGCUCAUAUUCCGCGGUGAAUCGCGGUUUUGCGCCGAGAUCUUUGCUUGUUGGGCAUCCGCCGGCCGUGUGCCCGCCGAUGCGGUUGAGCUUCUUCCGCACCUUGGCUUGUCUAAUGGUUCGUUCUGUGGUUACUGACGCAUCUGGCACCCAUGUUACCAGACAUCAGCAAAUGGCGGAGACGAACGGCUGCUCUACGGCCUCUCGGCCAUGCAGGGCUGGCGCAUAAGCAUGGAGGAUGCGCACACUGCGGUACUCAAUCUGCUCGAGAACGAUCCAAAGGCGGCCAAAGAGCACGCCUCAAAGGUGUCCUUCUUCGGCGUCUAUGACGGCCAUGGCGGCAGCAACGUGGCGCUCUUCGCUGGCGACAACAUCCACCGAAUUAUUGCAAAGCAGGACACAUUCAAGACGGGCAAUUAUGAGCAGGCUCUGAAGGAUGGCUUUUUGGCGACCGACCGAGCCAUUCUCAACGACCCGAAAUACGAAGAGGAGGUAUCAGGCUGCACUGCUUGCGUGGGCUUGAUCACGGAGGACAAGAUCUACAUUGCGAAUGCUGGCGACUCGAGGAGCGUACUCGGUGUCAAGGGCCGGGCUAAACCACUGUCAUUCGACCACAAACCGCAAAAUGAGGGCGAGAAGGCACGGAUCACAGCUGCCGGGGGCUUUGUCGACUUUGGCCGUGUGAACGGGAACCUCGCCCUGUCCAGAGCUAUCGGAGAUUUCGAGUUCAAGAAGAGCGCCGAGCUGGCCCCCGAGCAACAAAUCGUAACCGCAUACCCCGAUGUCGUGGUGCAUGAUAUGGGCGAUGAUGAUGAGUUCCUCGUUAUUGCAUGCGACGGUAUCUGGGACUGCCAGUCUUCUCAAGCCGUGAUCGAGUUCGUCAGGCGUGGAAUCGCUGCGAAACAGGAUUUGGACAAGAUCUGCGAGAACAUGAUGGACAACUGCCUGGCAUCCAACUCUGAGACAGGCGGCGUGGGCUGCGAUAAUAUGACCAUGAUCAUCAUUGGCUUCCUCAGGGGUCGGACAAAGGAGGAGUGGUAUGAGGAGAUAGCCAAAAGGGUUGCCAAUGGAGAUGGCCCUUGUGCGCCUCCCGAAUAUGCCGAAUUCCGAGGGCCUGGUGUACAUCACAACUUCGACGACAGCGACAGCGGCUACGACGUGGAGGACCAGAAGCAGGGGAAGAGCUUUGGCAUCGCCGGAUACAAGGGACGCAUCAUUUUCCUCGGCGACGGCACCGAGGUGCUCACCGAUUCGGACGACACCGAGAUGUUUGACAAUUCGGAAGAGGACAAGGAUCUCGCCAGCCAGGUGUCCAAGUCCACGUCGCAAGACGGCGGUUCGGAGGCCGAGGGAUCCGACAAGGCAGCCACGGCAAAUGCUGGUUCGUCAACGUCGCAGCAGCAGGAGCAGCCGCAGCAGGCGGAAACGAGAGUGGCCGGGGACAACAAGCCGAAUGAGAAGAAACCUGAUGCGGAUGUGGACAUGAAGAAAGAGGCAUGAUAUGAUGCAUGACAGCGCUGGCCGGAAUGAAUGAAGCGCAAAGCGGAGACAUGAGAAUCUCUCGUUCUCUUUUUCCUUUUUAUACCAGUUCUCAUUGAACAAGCAUG